CUAAGGUAAAGUAAAAGAGGCGGGUUCUAGGAAGCACCAUAGGACACGUGUUUACAAUGGACCUUCCACAUCAUGGCUACCGAGCAAGUGCAAAGCCAAGAGCCCGUGCAGCUCCCCCCGCCGGGGACCCUCUCCUCUUUGACGAUACCAGUUCGGCAGCGCCACCAAUGAACAGUCAGGGUUUCUACACCCCUGGGUACAACAUGGGAGGGGCUCCAGCUGGAGGGCCAGGGGGUGCUGGGGUCAACAACCUGUUUGCUGACCCAAUGGCCAGUGCAGCCAUGAUAUAUGGCUCUUCCCUGGCCAACCAGGGAAAGGAUAUUGUCAACAAGGAGAUCAGCAGGUACGUGUCUGUGAACAAGCUGAAGUAUUUCUUUGCCGUCGACAGCAAAUAUGUAAUGAAGAAACUUCUGCUCCUCAUGUUCCCAUACACACACCAGGACUGGGAAGUUCGUUACCACAGAGACACUCCUCUCACACCCAGGCAUGAUGUGAAUGCACCCGACCUUUACAUACCUUCAAUGGCUUUCAUCACCUACAUUUUGCUUGCUGGGAUGGCCCUUGGCAUUCAGAACAGGUUCAGUCCAGAGGUCCUUGGUCUGUGUGCCAGCACUGCUUUGGUGUGGGUUGUUAUAGAGGUCUUGGUCAUGUUGUUGAGUCUCUACCUUCUCACUGUUCACUCUGACCUAUCCACGUUUGACCUAAUUGCCUACAGUGGAUACAAAUAUGUGGGGAUGAUUUUCACAGUGCUGGGUGGUCUGCUGUUUGGCAGUGAUGGUUACUUCGUGGCUCUCGCCUGGUCAUCGUGUGCUCUUAUGUUUUUCAUUGUCCGUUCUCUCAAAAUGAAGAUUCUGUCGUCUCUCUCCCAUGACUCCAUGGGGGCCGGGGCGAGUGCCAAACCAAGACUCCGCCUGUACAUCACUGUGGCCACCGCCGCCUUUCAGCCAAUCAUUAUCUACUGGCUCACCUCACAUCUGGUCAGGUGACCUGGUAUGGGGUCUGAUGCGGAGGUCCUUUGGUAUCGAACUUAAGAGAAAAAAAAACACUGAUGCUUUCUACAAAUUUGGUUCUUCUGAGUGUCACUGUUACCUGCCUUUCAGCUCAUCUGCCAGAGAAAAGGGGAUAAUAGAUAUCGAGCUGUAUCUUGUGUUCAGCUUGUGGGUUAGUUUUAAAUUAACAUUUAUUUUUGACUUCUCUACAGUGUGAGACUUUUGUAUGCAAGACGCAUCGCUUGUCAAAAUGGAAGGCUUUUGUUUUCUCACCAUGAGUGUUUUAUGGCCCUCUUAUUUAUAGAGAAAGAAGGGUUUUGUAUUCAUGAAAUUGGAAUAUAAAUAUGAGAAACAUUUCACACCACACUCCUGUGUAUGUUGUCCAUUUGGGCUUACCAGAAAUGUUGCAGUAUGGCUAAAUGUAAAAUGAUGGAGCUACUCUGAGGAUGUGCUACCAGUGCACUCUUCCCCAUUUAUCCUUCCCUGUUAAACCCUCCUUUUAUUAUGUAUCUAAACUUUAUAGAGCAUGAACAACAAUCAGUGUUAUGUUUUUUGUAGAAAAAUAAACAUAUUUAGCUUUGAAUUUUAA